AUGUCCAGUCCCACCCUCUGCCACACCCUAUCACUGUUACCUAGUCCUCUCAGUGGACCCUCCCUGGGUAGGUUUUCUGUCACUAUCUCCUUGGUAGCAAGUGGCCUUGACAGAUGGUUGGAACCUGGCUUUUCUGAGGAUCCUUCCUUCCUCCAUUCCCACUGACAAUUGUCCCUGAGUGGAGACAUGAAGUGGGUAGAGGGUUCAGUCACCUUGAGGAUGCCCCUCUUGCUCCUUGGGCUCUGGGCGGUGCUGGCUCCAGCACAGCAUUCUCAAGGGCAUCCCUCAUGGCGCUACAUCUCCUCCGAGGUGGUGAUUCCAAGGAAGGAGCUGCACCAUGGCAAAGGUAUUCAGACACCAGGGUGGCUCUCCUACAGCCUGAGUUUUGGGGGCCAGAGACAUGUCAUCCACAUGCGGGCCAAGAAACUGUUUUGGCCCCGACAUCUGGUGAUGAUGACUCAGGAAGACCAAGGAGUCUUGCAGGUGGACUACCCUUUUGUCCCUCUUGACUGUUACUACUUCGGCUACCUGGAGGAGGUUCCUUUCUCUACAGUCACCAUGGAUACCUGCUAUGGGGGCCUUAUAGGUAUGAUGAAGUGGGACGACCUUGCUUUUGAAAUCCAACCCCUCAAGGAAUCCCAAAGGUUUGAACAUGUAGUUUCUCAGAUAGUGGCAGACACCAAUGCCACAGGACCCACGUAUACACUGAGGUAUAAAGAAGAGAGGCACUCCCUGUUCUCUCAAGUGAACGCCAAUGGAAUAUCCAGAAUCAGCAGUAAGAUAUAUGCAAGCCACCUUGGACAACUCAAAAUAUGUCUAAUGAGUGCCAAUUCAGUUUAUAGGCAAUACAACAAUGUGUCAGCAUGUGCCAAAUUGGUAAGCCUAGGUAGUUUAAUUGAGUCUAUGUUCCAAGGCAUUAAUAUGAGGUACUAUAUCGGCUCCCUAAUCAUUUAUAACCUAAGAGAUCCAACGUCCAUGGACAACUAUGACGUGCCAGGGAGUUCGUUUCAUACCCAUUUUGUACACAACAUUUUUUAUCCUCUUAAGCCACAUACAAGCUUGAUUAUGCUUAGUAAUGGACCCCAUGAACUUAAUUUUUCUCCAAAGAUUGAUCACCUAUGCCAAGAAACAAGUCUCCUCAUGCUGGGUGUUAUGUAGAGACAUUAUCUUUUGUUAUCAAUUAUAGCCACGCAAUUUAUUGGGAGAAGUUUUGGCCUGCUUUAUAAUUCAGAAUUUUGUAUUUGCCAGAGAAGAGCCACCUGCAUCAAGGACAGGUACCCUCUGAUAACAGAUGCCUUCAGUAAGUGUUCUAUGGUGUAUGCAGCAGAACUGAUGAUGUAUAAUAAGAAUCACUGUACUUUGGACAGUGACUAUCAGUCUUUCAAUAGAAGCUUGACAUUGGCUCUGUGUGGAAACUCUGUGGUGGAUGAUGGAGAGCAGUGUGACUGUGGCUCCUUCAAGCAGUGUUACAGCAACCCCUGCUGCACAAGUGACUGCAGCUUUACACCUGGAAGUGCUUGUAACACAGGCAGGUGUUGUACAAACUGCACCUACUCAUUCCCGGGGACACUCUGCAGGCCAAUCCAGAACCCAUGUGACCUUCUGGAGUACUGCCUUGGGCAGACCUUCACAUGCCCUGAAGAUAUUUAUCUGCAAGAUGGAAUCCCGUGUAGUGAAGAUGGCUACUGCUAUCAUGGAAAUUGUACCGACCGCAGUGUGCACUGCAAGGAGAUCUUUGGUGAAGGCACAGGGAAUGGCCCAGAUGCCUGCUACCUCAUAAAUAAAAAGGGAGACCGAGUUGGACAGUGUACAGGUAAUAGUCAUUCCAGCUUAGUGCAUUGUGCUGACGUUGACAUUCAAUGUGGACGCCUACAGUGUACCAGUGUCACACAUCUGCCCAGGUUGCAAGAACAUGUUGGAUUCCAUCAGUCUGUAAUACAGGGGUCCUUUUGUUUUGGAGUGGAUUUACACCUUGGGUCAUACACAACUGAUGUUGGUUAUGUGAGAUCUGGUAACCCCUGUGGUGGUGGGCAUUUCUGUGACAACGGUGUAUACAAUGGUUCUGUGGCUGCCAUAAACUAUGACUGCUACCCUUCCAAAUGCAACCUCAGGGGAAUUUGCAACAGUAAAAGGAACUGCCACUGCCAUGUAGGCUGGGACUCUCCCCGGUGCACCCACAAAGGUGCUGGAGGGAGUGUUGACAGUGCCCCCCCAAGAACAAUGAGGUCAGUGAGGCAAAGUGAUAUGUCUGUGGUGUACUUGAGGGUGGUCUUUGGGCACAUGUAUGCCUUCAUAGCUGCCCUCCUUUUUGGAGUGGCCAGUAAUGUGAAAAUCAUCAAGACCACUGUAGUCAAGAAAUUGACAGAUGAAAACUAA